GGGCAUUUCUUCAAUUUGACACAAAAUGCGUUAUCUUAUCGUGCCACAUAUCAACAUGGCGAGAAUCUUCGUGUGCGUGCUGCUUGGUGUGCCACUCGUGUCAACACUGCUGUUUGACGGGUCGUGUCGGGGACGAUGCCACAAGUAUGUCGCCAACAGCGUAUGUUUCUGUAACGACCAGUGUGCUCGGUUUGGGGACUGUUGCUCUGACUACAAACGGGAAUGCGGCACAUGUGCCGGGAAGUGCCACAAUUUCUACGACUCUGCACUGCCCUGUCAGUGUAACGACCUGUGCUCCCAGUACAGCAACUGUUGUGGUGACUACAAGACAGCAUGUCCUGAAGGGGGAUCUUCAGCAUCCUCAGCUUUGAUAGCAGAGACGUUGUGGAAGAUCGAUGUGGACAGAUUUGAACCAGACGAAAUCACAGUCAACUACGGACCAAACGUGGACGUUAACGGAAGUUUCAACCAGACAUCACAACCAUUAUUUACCAAAGUGGAUGAAAGUCGUUUCACUUAUCCUUCAUACAAGACGUUUAUCGCACUUAUAAACAGCUACGAUCCCCCAACUGGUCAAACUAGCCAAUCGCUGGUCGACGCUUUCUUAGAUGCGUUGUUUACGUCGGAGGUAACACGAACAGCGCAUGCGCAUCUCCUUAAAAACAAUUAUAUCAAAGGCAACUUGUCAGAUUACCGCCGCGCUCUCACCAAUCUCUGGUUCAAACCCUACACGAGCAGCGGAUCAACGUCUAACACAACUGGCUUCCAAACUAUGGUGUUGGGUCGACAGGGAGGCUCCAGUAACUCAGGGCCUCAUAACUGGGUUCGAUUCUAUCUUGAAGAGAAAGCCGGCAGAAUCGGGUAUUGGGGAUACACAAAGAAAACCGACUUCCUGGUUGAAGCAGUGUUUACAAUGCCCAGUAACACCAGGUCAGUCGUCACUAGCUUCUUCCUCGGAAGCAGUCCUAUGUUUGACAUCAACUUGAGCAGCAUCUGUGCCCUUAGCAAUACCACAGGAACCUGCAGUUAUAACAUCAACAGCACGCCGUUCAGAGUCGUGACUCACAGACAAGGGAUAGCGCUCACCGAGGCUUACCCAGCUUUGUAAUGUUGGAAUAAAGAUCACAGUAUGUC